AUGAAGGGAUCUAUUUUCGCCGCCGCCGCCUUGGUCGGCUCUGCCAUGGCCGACGGUGUUCACCGUCGCCAUGACGCUUUCCACCAGCGUCGCGAGGCCUCAUCCAGCGUCUGGUCCUCCUCCGUCACCGCUGCCCCUGAGGAGACCUGCGGUUGCACCACCAAGGUCAUCACCUACUACGGCGACGCUACCCUGGUCCCCGUCGAGACUUCCACCAGCACUCUCACCAGCACCGUGCACUCGACCAGCACCAGCACUUUGACCGUGACUGUCUCGGCCUCUUCUUCCUCGGCCCCGGUUCCCUCUAGCACCGCCGUUGCUAGCACUCCCGCCGUGGAGCUGCCCACUCCCGGUGUUAGCACUUUCUCCACCACCGGUGUCUACACCAUCCCGGCCACCACCAUCACCGUCCACGACACCACCACUGUCUGCGGUGCCACCUCCACUGACGUCCCCAGCGGCACCCACACCUACGGUGGUGUUACCACCGUCGUCGAGACUGCCACCACUGUCACCUGCCCCUACGCCACCGUCAAGCCCUCCGGCAGCACCGUGACCAGUGUCAUUGAGACCACCACCUACGUCUGCCCCACUGCUGGUACCUACACUGUUGUGCCUCCUACCACCACCUCUGUGCCCACCAGCACCGUUCUGGUCUACCCCACCCCUCACACCAUUGUCCCCGGUACCUACACCCAGGAUGAGUCCGUCGUCACUGUGACCCGCACUGACUACACCUACAUCUGCCCUGCUCCCACCGACGCCCUGGCCUCGACCACUGCCCCCGCUGUCCCCACCACCGUGGCUGCCACCACCACUGCCGCUCCCGUUGUCAGCACCUCCAGCGCCAGCUCCACCACCUCCGCCGUCAGCGAGCCCAGCAACGUUCCCACCGUCCUCGGUGAGGGUCAGUACGGUAUGACUUACUCUCCCUACACCGCCGGUGGUGAGUGCAAGACCAAGCAGGAGGUUCUCAAGGACCUCAAGGUUAUCAAGGGCAAGGGCUUCAACCUGAUCCGUGUCUACUCCACUGACUGCAGCGGUCUCGAGUUCAUCGGUGACGCCUGCAAGGAGCUCAGCCUCAGCAUCAUCAUGGGUGUCUACAUCGACGGCUCCGGCAUCACCGGUGCCCAGGAGCAGGUCACCGAGAUCUCCAAGUGGGCUGAGUGGGACAUGGUCAAGCUGAUCGUUGUCGGUAACGAGGCCAUCCAGUCCGGCUACAUCGACGCCGCUACCCUCACCACCUUCAUCCAGUCUGCCUCCUCGAGCUUCAAGGCUGCCGGCUACUCCGGUCUGAUCACCACCACCGAGCCCAUCAACGUCUGGCAGCAGUACGGCGCUAGCACUCUGUGCAGCGCCGUCGACGUCGUCGGUGCCAACAUCCACCCCUUCUUCAACGCCGAUGUCACCGCCGAGAAGGCCGGAGAGUUCACCAAGGGCGAGUUCGAGGUCCUCGAGAAGAUCUGUGGCGGCAAGGACGUCAUCAACCUCGAGACUGGCUGGCCCAACGCCGGUAGCGCCAACGGUGCCGCUGUCCCCGGUACCGCUGAGCAGGCCACCGCCAUCAAGUCCAUCGCCGCCGCGGUUGGCUCCAAGUCCAUCUUCUUCUCCUACUCCGACGACACCUGGAAGAACCCUGGUGAGUUCAACGUCGAGCAGCACUGGGGCUGUGCUGGUGUCUUCUAA